AUGUCUAGGCUUGAACAACCUGGUAGUAUCCCAGCCCUCGUUCUACCCCCGGGUGGCAUGCGCAGGAUACUCACCUGGAACUCAGCUGAAUAUCUCGUUUGUGAUGUUUCCAGACAACUGAAUGUGCUGCACCAGGCCGCCUCAUGUUUCAGUCGCCACGAUAUUCGAGAUAUCGCGACACAUGUAAAUAUUUGUGAUGUACUACUCAUAAGGUUGCUGAAAAUCCGUCGGCAGCCCACGACCGGUUUUGCACUUUUUGGGGCUCAUCAGGUUGCACUUGAGACCCAAUUGCACGAAAUUAACGAAUAUACACUCAUUUGCAAACUAAUUUGGUUUUUCGAGAGACUCACCUGGAACCCAGCUAAGCCUCUCGUUUGUGAUGUUUCCAGGCUCGUGUUUUUUCGUUUCUGUUUCACAUAUGGUAGCCAAGAUGCCAGUAUACGCGUUUCGGUGGAUGCGUGUAUAGCUGCUUGA